AACCGGGUGGCGUGGAGAACGCGCGAUCAUGGAGCCGCCCGCCCUGACAGUGAGCGCCGCGGUCCGGGAGCACCUGCGGAAGUUGUGUCUGCACGAGUUCCCGUGCGGCACGGGCAGCUGGAAUAAGUCGCGCUUUCUUCCUCAAACUUACCGAGCAUGGCGGGAGCUGAUCCCCCGAGAGGAGGACGCUGUGGGCCCCGGGGAGGAGACGGUGGAUGCCCUGCUGGGCCUGGUCUGCAGCCCCCACUCACCCUGGGCCCUGCUGGAGGGCUCAAGCGCUGAGGACCGUUUUCUGAGAGAGCUGGCCAUCCAGAAUCCCCUGAUGCUCAGCGACAGCUUCUUCUACACCUACUUCAGGUCGCUACGGGUGGUGGACAAGCAGGUGAGCCUGGUGGACAAGGACGUCCUGAAAUUUGUGAAGCUUGAAGCGUUGGUGCUGAGUGCUAAUCAAAUCCAGGAGAUUGACGCCACCAACCUGCCCCCAGCUCUCAAGGUGCUGGAGCUCUACGGCAACAAGAUGACCAGCAUGGAGUGUCUGUGCACCCACCCGCCCCCAAGGCUCCAGCACUUGGGGUUGGGUCACAACAAGCUUCUGGGCCCCCUGGAGAGUCUAUACGUCACCAGUGAUUACUGGCCCAACCUCAUCUCCCUGGACCUGAGCUUCAACGACCUGACGGACCUGCAGGGCAUGGUGUCCGGCCUCCAAACGCUGCAGCGCCUGAGGUUGCUCGUGCUGCAGGGGAACCCGCUGGCCCUGGUGCCCUGCUACCGGGGCUUCAUCAUCGACGGCCUGUCUGGCCUCUGCGUGCUGGACGACAUCACCGUGGCACCCAGCGAGAAGCAUCUGUUCCGUGGGCUCAGCCACAGCGGGGAUCUCCUGGCGCAUGAGGCGCGGUUAGUGGUGACUGUUGGACAUGUCAGAGGGGUUCUGGACUCCUCGGUCUUGGACCCGGAACCAGGGCCCCAAGGCCCUUUCAUCACUUACAGCUAUUAUGUAACAUACGAGUUUGUGGAAGAUGAGGAAGGCGAAGGAGAUGAAUACGGCCGCGUGCUGGCUGAGAUCGUCAAGCCCCCGCCCAGCAGGGAACAGCUGGGUGAGGACAUUCCCAAAGAGCCCAUCAAAGAGGCUGAAGACUCUGUAGGGUCUGGGCUGGCCUCCCAGUCCCAGUCCAGGGAGCUGGAGGAGUCCGGCGCCUCAGCGCCCUUGCCGCGGCCCAUGGACUCUGCGGAAGAGCAGGCCAAGCUGCGGCCGCGCCUGGAUCCCCGGCUCUGGCCAUCCCCGGGGACAGUUCUCUUUAGCACAGUCCGCAAGCCCUGGUCUGACGUCAUCCCCUGCAACUACGAGAUGCAGCACGUGCUCAAGGACCUGGUGCGGCUCAAGGCCUUCCUGCUCUCAGGGACCACCGUCACCAUCGUGGAGGAGAAGAUUCUCUCCUGGCCUGCGGUGCCGCCUUCCCCCAACAGUCCCUCGGCUGCUAAGAAGGGAAAGGGAGAGAAGGACAAGAAAGGGAAGGAGAAAGACAAGGAAGAGAAAAACAAGAAGGGAAAAGAUGGGAAAGACAAAGCAGGCAAAGGGGAGAAAGAACCAGCCAAGGAGCAGAAGGGGAGCAAGAAGAAGGAGCUUCGUAAGGAUCUGCGCCAGGACCCGCCCGUCCUCCGGGUGCUGGGCAGUGGCCCGGUGGACCUGGAGCCCCUGCUCUCCGGGGAGCCAUUCGUGUCCACCGUGUGCAACUUCGGGGUGGUCCGUACCUUGGAGACCGACAGGCUGACGCUUUACAGGGAUUCAAAGAAGAAGAAGAGUGAGAAAGCUAAAAAUGCUGCUCUGGAGGCCAGGAAGUCAAAGACCAAGUUGUCAGCAGCGUCAGAAAUCAGCAAGCUGAUUCUCAAGUUCAUAUAGAAAUUCAAAGGAUCUAGAACAGCCAAAACAACUUUGAAAAAGAACAAAGGACUUAACACUACUGGAAUUGAAGACCCAGACAAAUAUGGACAUGAGAUUUGUGAUUGAAUCCUUGGGUUAAAAUGGUUUUAAACAAAACUUUUUUUUUUUUUUACAUUUUUGCAAAUUUCUUUAAUGUCUGGCUUAAUUGAGGAAGCCAUAUUUGCAUAACUGCUUCUGCAGUCAGUCUCUGUGAUGUGUUGCUGUAGUUGAAGUGUAUGAAGAAAAUCUAACCUCACGUGGACAUCUACUUGGAAAAGAGGGAAAUAUUUUAAUAGGCUUUUAAAUAACUGUGGAUAUUCCUCUUUGCAUGAGACUUGACAACUAGUAGUUUUUUAAAGGUUGUUACAGUGUGAAAACUGAAUCUAUAUGGAUGAAUUUUUUCAUAAUCAGUUAUGUUAAAUUAAUCCAUUGGUCUACAUUGCCUUUUUUGUUUUUAACAUUGCAUUUUGAAUGGCUAUCUUACCCAUGCACAAUUGUUAACAUCUGGCAAUUGUUAUUGGUAAAGUACUGGUUCACUGAGUUAUGCAGAUCUUCCAACUGUUGACACAUUUUUUUUUUAUCCAUUAUCCAAAAAUCGCGUUCUUUAUCAUCAACCAUAACAUCAGAAAAGUCUUUUGAGUAUUGGAAAACUGUUAAGUCCAUGGUGGCAGAUACAGUGUUACAAAGUUCUAGUUUCUACUUGAAAGUUCAAAUGUUAUAAAUGUAUUUAUCAAAAUGCUUUCAGUUGUUUUCCCUGAAGUGCCAGGCUUCAUUCUUUUUUUAGAAAAUAUCUGACAAAUAUUCACGUCGAAAUAACCAUAUUUUGUCAGCGUACUUUCAAGUGAAAAAGAUGUUCCAAGAAAAAGCAGCUAGUUCAUCUUGUAAUUCAAACUGAGACGUGUUAAAUGAUCUAGUUAGAUGUGAUUUAAUUUUAUUCCUUAUUACGGUGAAGACCCGAGGGCGGAAUCUGAUUCUGAAACCGUGCUGGCCUCGGGACGGCGGAGGUCACAUCUGCGUUUCCGGGACGUGUCGUGAGCUGGCCCG